ACCAUACGACUUUGUCAUGCACGACCCAUAUCACAUAUAUACUAAAAAUAUUGAACAAUGUAUUAAUAUCUCAUGAGCACAGAAGAUCAAGGAUUGGAUUGAACAAUUUUUACAAUAAUUUUUAUGAUGUUCCCUAGAAUAGGCAUCAGCUAAGUAGACGAUUUUGUCUCUUUGUAUACUUUUGUACAUAAUUUUGAUUAAUGAAGGUUUUAUCGAAAAAGGCUUUCUCCCCACUUUAUAUAUAAAGCAACGAUCAAUAGCACCCGGUAUAAACGCACACCCUCACAACACACACACACACCCAAGGCAGGAUACAUAGGCGCUGAGCGCAGCAAUACCAACCCAAGCACUCCACGAAGAGGUGAAGCCGCAUAUGACGAACCGUGGGCUCCAAGGCGGCGCCUUCAGGAAAGGAACGACACCGGAGCGCCGCCACCGCCCGAUCCGAGGAUUAGAGUUUCCCCUGGAGCAACACGACGGGCAAUUAGAGCCGCGACGACGCCUUCAAGAAGGGAACGAGUUCCGUUGGCGCCGGUCCGUCCGAAGAUAGAGCAGGUUUUCACCCCGGCCACAACUCACCGCCACCGAACGCCACACCCCGGCUACCACGCCGCCCACACGGUCGUGGCAACCGGGCAGCACCAAGCCACUGGCUCUGCCCAUGAGCACCGCGGAACCAUCACCAGGGCCGCCACCCUGGCAUCCAAGACCUUGACACCACCACACCCGAGAUCCACGGAACCAUCAAUUAGAGCCGCGACGACGCCUUCAAGAAGGGAACGAGUUUCGCUGGCGCCGGUCCGUCCGAAGAUAGAGCAGGUUUUCACCCCGGCCACAACUCACCGCCACCGAACGCCACACCCCGGCUACCACGCCGCCCACACGGUCGUGGCAACCGGGCAGCACCAAGCCACUGGCUCUGCCCAUGAGCACCGCGGAACCAUCACCAGGGCCGCCACCCUGGCAUCCAAGACCUUGACACCACCACACCCGAGAUCCGCCGCUACCCCAACCAAAGAACCAUGGGCGGCCCCCAGUGCAGAGACCCAAUAACCGGCCAAAACUGGCCUCCAUCGACCCGUUCUGUGGCAUUGGGCGCGAGAUGAGCUCGGUCCUACCACCCGGCGCGAGACGAGCAUGGUCCUGCUGCCAGGCGCGAGACGAGCACGGUCCUGCUACCGGGGGCGAGAGAAGGUCAGUCCUGCUGCCGGGCGCGAGAUGAACUCAGUCCUGCUGCCGGGUGCGAGACGAGUGAUGGACCGCAGCUGGGGGAGGGCCAGCCCUUCAACGAAGAUAGCGGCCGAACGCCGCAAAGAUGGCUCGAAGGUCGAACCAGGCCGCCUACAAACGAUCCGACGCUAGAAAUCCAGCCGCAGCCGACCCGCCAAACCGCCGUGGUGCCGGCGUGACGAAUGGAAGCCUCCACUCCCAGAGGACUGAGCCGCCUCGCCGCCGCCGCCCACCGCUGGAGCCGCAGCCAGGCCGAGCCAGUGGCCCAACCCGCGUCGCCCAUCAGAAAACGCCAGAUUCGGCCGGCACGCACCGCCACCACCGCCACCAAGCCGUUGUUGCGCCGAUCCCCUUGCUGUCAGCAGCCGCCACCCGACGCCCACGGCCGUCGGGCCGCGCCGCCCGCAGCCCUCACCGCAGGAGCCCCAACGCGCCAGAUCCGCCGCCACGUCUGGGCCCCGCGCGAUCCACCAACGGCCGCGCCGUCAGCCACGCGACCACCACCCAGCGCCGCCAGCGCGCCAGGCGACGUCGCGCCGCAGCGCCCGGCGCCCACGCCGCGCCCCAGCCGGAGAGAAGGGCCCGCGCCGCUCCUCUGCGCGCGGGGGAGCCAGAAGGCCUGGCCGCCGCCGGACCGGGCGAGCUUUGCCCGGCUAGGCCCUCUGGCGGCGACAGGAGAGGAGGAGGGAGGAGGGGGACUCAGGGGCGGCCGCACCGGAAGUCCUCCCCGCCGCCGCGCGGGGGCGGCGCGGGAGGGAGAGGGUAGGUCAAGGGAGAGGGUCUGUAUCGUUGGAAGAAGGUUAUUCAUGUUUGUACACGAUGGCUCCGUACUUGGUCUAUCCUGCAGAAGCCGGAAGACAGGGACAUUUUUAUGAUGGCGUCUACACGGCUGGAGCGUACGGCCAGGGAGGUUUUCUACCCCCAUGGAUGGCGGUGUGAUUUACGGAUAGGAUCUACCGCUCCUUAGGCUGGACACGAUUUAUUGCUUGGCAUUGUAUCAAAUUAUUUUAUUUUUAGGGUGAUCUGG